GUGGGAUGGGCAGACAGUAAUCAGUUUUGGUGUCUCGCUGCUCUCGCAUCCUAAUUGGGACUGAAACGGAGGGCGGCAGGAGGAACCUGGCUCUGACUGCACUCUCUCUGCAAACUAGACCGUGGUCAACCCGACAGAAGAAAAUAAUUAGCAACAACCAAACCAAGCAGCCACAAACUCUGUGAAACACACAUCAUAAGGAAGGCGGAUCAUCUGAUGUGCUCCUACUUCGGAAGAUUAGGUCGAAAGUGCAAGCUGAUAGUUGAAAAGACCACUGACUACCCUUCCACUGAGUAUUCUCUGGUGGAGGAUGUUGCCCUCCACUUUACUUGUUUGAUGGACAGACUGAAUGAGCAGCGCCUGUUUCAACCAGACUUAUGUGAUGUAGACAUUGUAUUGGUGCGCCAGAAGAACACGUUUCCUGCUCACAAAGGCGUGCUCGCGGCCUACAGUCAAUUCUUUCACUCGCUUUUCACACAAAACAAGCAGCUUCAACGUGUUGAACUUUCGCUAGAAGCUCUGACAUCGCAAGGGUUUCAGCAAAUCCUGAACUUUAUCUAUACAUCAAAGCUGCUAGUAAAUGCCUGCAAUGUGCAGGAUGUGCUGAAUGCUGCUGCAGUUCUACAGAUGAAUGAUAUUGCCACUUCCUGUCAAGAAUUAAUAGAUAGUCGGUCCUUAAACUUGACGACAGUGGCUAGCGAUAUGUCAAAGCAGGAAAAUCGCAGCAAUCCCCUUGGCUCUCAGUUUUAUCGUGAGAUAAAGCAGGAGGUGGAUUCACAUCCUAAAAUCUAUGCUAGAGAGGGCAACAAUCCAUACUCUGUACGUGUGGAGGACAACACUGGGAAACAACAUUCACCAAUCCAGCCAAAUCAGCAGUAUUACAAGGAGGAGAAUGAUGACCAAACAGUGUGCAAGAUUGAGGGAGAUACGGAACAAUUGGAUAACGAUUCGGACAGUAGGGGUUCAUAUAAUCGGGAACAGAUCAUUGUGGAGGUUAACCUUAAUAACCAGACUCUGAAUGUUUCUAAAGGGGCCGAGGGCAUGUCUUCACCUUCAGAAGCUACGGCUGUAUUAGGUAGGUGUCCUGAGGAUGAAGAGGAAGAUGACGAAGAGGAUGAUGACGACGAUGAUGAGGAAGAAGAAGAGGAGGAUGAUGAUGACAAUGCUGAUGGGGAUGAAGAGGAAGAGGAUGAUGAAGAUGUCACUGAGGAAGAGGAAGAGGAUGAAGAAGGUGAAGAAAGUGAUGAAGAUGUGAAUGAAGGGGGUGAUAACUCUGAUACUCCAGAAGUCAAGACUGAAAGUGGGCAAACAACCCGACGAACAUCAAGAGCUUUGACUGCUUCCAAAGGCUCAACUCCUCCAGCUCCAAGCCGGUCACGGAGACAGGCCAAACAUGAAGUGAGCACUCGAGGUCGGAAGCGAAAGAAAGAUUCUGAUGGCUCAAAUCAGAAGGUGAAAAUUGAAGAGAAACAGCACUUCCCUUGCAAAAAGUGCCCCCGCGUGUUCAAUAAUCGCUGGUACUUAGAGAAGCACAUGAAUGUCACGCACAGCCGCAUGCAGAUCUGUGAUAAGUGUGGCAAGCGAUUUGUACUGGAAAGUGAGCUGUCGCUACAUCACCAGACUGACUGUGAGAAGAGUAUUCAGUGUGUCACCUGCGGGAAGGGGUUUAAGAAGCUCUGGUCACUUCAUGAACAUAAUAAAAUAGUACACGGUUAUGCAGAGAAAAAAUUUUCAUGCGAAAUCUGCGAGAAGAAAUUUUACACAAUGGCCCACGUCAGAAAGCACAUGGUCGCUCACACAAAAGAUAUGCCAUUUACCUGUGAGACUUGUGGGAAGUCAUUUAAACGCAGUAUGUCACUGAAAGUCCACUCUCUGCAGCAUUCGGGAGAGAAACCUUUCAAAUGUGAGAACUGCAAUGAAAGAUUCCAGUACAAGUAUCAGUUGCGCUCUCAUAUGAGCAUCCACAUCGGACACAAGCAGUUCAUGUGCCAAUGGUGCGGCAAGGACUUUAACAUGAAGCAGUAUUUCGAUGAACAUAUGAAGACGCACACUGGGGAGAAACCGUACAUCUGUGAAAUCUGUGGCAAGAGCUUCACCAGCCGGCCAAACAUGAAACGGCACCGCCGGACGCACACGGGCGAGAAGCCAUAUCCAUGCGAUGUCUGUGGACAGCGCUUUCGUUUCUCCAACAUGCUGAAGGCGCACAAGCAGAAGUGUUUCCGAGUCACCAACCCCAUCACGGCAGACAGCAACCCCCUGAGCCUCACAUCCGCCACGCCUCCCAACUCCAGUAAUCCUCUCAUCAGCCCCCAUCCCCAAUCACACCCUCACUCCCUCCCUCUGCCCCUCCUUCACUCCCUCCCACCAACUCUCCCCCCUCCCCCGCACCUUCCGCCACCACCUCCCCUGUUUCCAGCUGGACGGAUAAACGCCAACAACAACUGAAUGGCUGUAAACGGAGGGCAGUUUUGGCCCUCCGAACAAAAGAAGAGACAAAUGACUAGCAAACAGUCAGAAGCGCGCACUGGGUGUGACGCUGAAUAUAUUCUGUUACCUGGAAGGAAUAUAACCAAAGGGGGCAUACUUAACGAAUGGGGACUCAGAGUCAAGCAACCUUGAAAAAAAUCAUGAUUGAUUUAUGUAACAAAAAAAACUAUUUUGGUGUAUUAUUUACAGUAAGGAUGUAGACAAAGGAUUUUUGUUUUUUAAUGUCAUUAUAGGACUAAAGGCUAUUACCAAGUAGUCUGAACUACUUUUAAAGGCAGCCUAGACUUAAACUGCUCUCACUUAAAAAAAAAAGACUUUUUCUGUUUGCGUUUUUGAGCAUAAAUAUCCCUGCGGCAUAUAAUGCAAGAAGGACAUGUACAGAUUUAAUGCAGAGAGCAAAGCUAAGCAGCAGCCCUUCAUAAAUGUGUUUCUAAUAUACUUAAUUAGCAAGGUAUUUUGUGAUUCCUCCCCUUUCUAAGCAUCCCUUUCCAUCUCUACAAAUCCAAUUCCUUCCCAUACCCAAUCCCACUCCUCUACAAACCCAACCUCUUCCCAACCCCAAAUCCCCCCUCAUUCCCAAACCCAGACCCAUCCUUUUGAGCCUCCAAAGUGUAACCUGCUAUUUUUUUAACACAUGUUUAAUUAAGUAAAGCAAGCUGUGCUUGUGUGUAGCAAGUUGAACCAUUUACCGUGGCAUGUCUAAACCGACUUGACCUUUUAGCAGCCAUUGUCGUCUUAUGAGUGAACCGGAACAGUGUUUAUUUUACCAUGGACUGUAGAGCUUACCACAGAAGCAACUGAGGUGAGAGGAUAAGAGCGAAUGGAACCAAGUGACUCCAGCUUGUGGCCAAGUACAGACACCAAAGAGGGAACGACGAACAAGAUCAGUCACAGAAAGUAGGACUUCUCUCUCAGGCAAUUAACAGCCUGGAGGUAGGGACCUGGGUGGAUUGCAAAAGUAUGCUGUAUCCACCUCCUACACCAGUUCACCUUACUGACUGCUUUGCCUCCAAAAUUUAUGGACAUGUUUGUUGGGGCCUGCCAGGGAUCCCUUGGAGGACCAAGUUAGCACUUGAUGAUCACGAGCACUGUCGCUUUUAAUAGGAAAGUAGAGUUAAUAAAGACAGAAAGAAGUAUUUUCUUUUAAUAUUUAAAGUGCAGCAGAAGGACAGACCAUUCCAAUCGUUCUUAUAGAACUGAGUCUGUAGUUUAAAUGGGAAUGAAACUGGUCAGUGCUGUUCAGGAGGAUUCUGCACUAAGCCAAGCAGGCAUGGUGUAAUGGAAGGACUGAGAAAUUGCGUGCAGUAGAAGUCAAGUAAGGAGUUUUGAGGUGUUGAAAUCUCAGCAACAAGAAAUAUUGGGAAAUAUGUUGCUUUAAGUUGCAGCUGAUGUGAGGGUUUUUGCACUGUUCAUUAACAUGAAACUUUACAGGCCCCAGGGAAUAAAAAAGAGAUGACAUUCUCUUGCAAAUGGUUGCCUUAAAGGACUUGACUUACAGAGUUUAGCAAGACAUGGUUGGGAAUCAUUAGAUAUAUUUGCACAUCACAGAGAUACUUCUCUCCCUCCUCCUGCAAUUGUCAUCAAAUGUAGCUGAAAUUCAGUCAUAGAAACAAUAUGAUGGGCUCAGAUCUAAAGUGUGGUCAAAUUAGAAGUGUGACUUGGUACCAGAACUGGGGAUUCUUCUUUUUGUCUGGAGUUAAGCCCAGAUGCGUCAGAUGUUUGCUGUCUGACGUAGGACUUUCAGCACAUACUUCAGUAUUUCAGAUAGUGCCUUUGUCAUUAUGCUGCUACUCUAGGAUGAAAAUCUCCUUGACUAGCUUCCCCCUGAUCAAGGGCUUUUAUUUUACUGGAAGGCAUCCAGUAUAAUUGUGGCCCUGCUCACAAGCGUGAGCAAACACUCACAAUUGACAGUGACAAUGCGAGGUCUGGUUGAGCUUUUGAUUUGGUAACCCUUCCAGUAACUGUUCAGGGUGGACUAUAUGACAAACCCAGGGAUAUUAAUUGCAUUGCUGCAGCAUCCUUUCUGUCUGAGUCCAAUUCACCUGAGACAUCUUGACUUCAAAAAUGGUGUGCCUUUCAAAGGUGCAGUUUUGUAAGUAGGAUCGAAGGAGGAGGACAGAGAGGAGCAGUCUUCCAUUGGCUACUCUGAUACCAUUGCUGCUACAGGUACCUUACCAGAAAGGUCUUGUACUUGACACAGCUGUCUGCUUGUGGGGGAUUUUCACAUAUAGCUUUAUGGGAAGAGUUCCCCAAAAUUGAAUCAUUUCUAUAUGCUGCCAUUUUAAUCACCUUCUGUUCUAUUGGACUAAUGGAUAUUGCCAUCCCUUUUAACUUGAACACUAACCUAGAUUUUAAAGCAUUACAAAGGGGAGAGCUUAAUUUUUGAAGCCCACCUUAAACUGCAGCAAUUACUUUCUUUGGGAGCUGGAAGAGACCUCUGAUUUUAGGGUGGGAUUUUGUUGAAUCAUGCGGACAUUACACUACAUCCUCGCCACAGAUUAAUCUUUGUGUAAUCAUUAAAUAUCCAUUUUUCCCUACCUAUCCUAAAGUUUAUUUGAUCAUAAUGCAGGAUUAAAAUAAUAGAAAUUCAACUGAAACAUUCAGUUUCAUUGAUGUGCUUAUAGGCUGCUUUAACCAUUUAAAUCACUAUUUUGCACCGGGGCAUGGGAGAAGGCAUUCUCUGUUUCUGACCUGCAGAUUUUAGAGGAAUCAUUACUCUACUAUUAGUAACAGCAGAGCAAAGUUUGUUUGCAAGUGCAUUGUUAAGUCUCAAACUUUUUUUUUCACAGAAAUUAACGUGCAGUAUUUGUCAUUGUACAGAGACAAGGAGGAAAAUAUCAGUGAAGCAUCGCAGUAUUUUUAAUAUGCUCUUAUCGGAUACAGAGUUUAAAAAAUAAAAUAAAAUAAAAAGUUGGUUAUUGUAAAGACAUAGGACUUUUAAUAUUCAAUGUUUUGAUACUUUUGAAUUCUGCCUGAUUUGCUCAUCCAGGAGAUAAAGGACGACUGCACCUUGAGGCAGUAGCAAUCUUUGGGACGGGCAUCCUGAUACUUAUUUCCAGUAUUGAUAAUUCAGCCGACUUUUAAUUGGAAUUGGUGUUCUAACAUAGGAGCCCUCAGUUCAUUAGCAAGUAAACCUGCUAAUUCUCUCAGAUGCAGCAAAGCAGCAUGGUGUAAUGGGAUGCUAGCCUGUUGUUAUAGGAUCCAACAGUAAUGACAGCAAACUUUGUUCCAAGUUUGCAAUUCAGGACAAAACUGUGAUCAAAGGGGGUUUAUGGGAUCCUUUGCACAAAACAGUAUAAUGUGAAUCAUCCAUUUCAGCUGUUCCUUUUCCUUCAGAUCCUGGAAUUUAAUUUGUAUGAUAUUCUCAUCUUUCAUUAUAUAUUUUAUAUAUAUAUUCUGCUAAUAAUUGCAUGCUAAAUGGAAUUCAACCAGAGGGAGGGAGCGGUUAUGAUUCUGUGCUUCCUUCUGCAGCCUUCAUCUCUUCAUUGUACUUUUUAAUUCCCUGCAAUACAUAAUCCUUCUAUUUUAUUUAACAAUUCUAAAAAAGAGUUGGAUGAAAUUAUCUCUAAUAAAAAAAAUUCUUUUUAAAAAAAGGCUAUUGGCCAUCACAAAGUGAGAAACCUGUGCACGUAAAUGAUAUAGCCAAGUGCAAUCUGUCAAAACUGCAGCUGAGAGUCUCAAUUCACACCUUUAAGGAUUGCCUUGGCUUUUUCAGAGGCGCACUGCCUGUGGGUAUCACAUUGUUGCCACACGUAUUCAUUUAAAACAAAAUUUGAAGCCCUAGUUCUAAUUGCAACAACUUCUGGAAUCCAUCCGGUUAAUGGUGAGGUUAUUAUAUCAUUCCACUCAUUAUGGAAGUACUUCAAACAGGCGUGCUCUGGCCUGCCAAGUCCCUGAGGCUAUAUUGAGUUAAGGUUUGGUCUCCAGCUGUGUUCAUGGAGGAUUUUUUUUUAAAUUAAGUUUAAAGGCUGUUGUUCAGAGUUUGAGAAACAUGAACAAGGUUAGCACUGAAUUGGAGCCUUUUAACCCUUUGUUGACAUCCUUAUUUCACAGUGAAUGUUACUUUUGCUGUACAAAAUGAAAUCAUGGGUGAAUUGAUUCAUAAGCUUCGUUUAGGUAAGCUGUAUUUACAAUUAAAUAUUGCACCUUAUCCCUAAUACCCCUUCCUCCAAAGGACCACAGAUGAGGGGGGAAAAACACUGCUUCAUACUGUAGUUAUUCCGCUAUCUUGUGGAGAAAUUUAAUUUGAAGUGAGAUCAUAUUGAUGUAGAUGGCUGCAUAGUACUGCCUCAUUCAGGUAGUGUUGUGCAGCUUGAUGAAUAGAGGAAAUGCUACAGUUAAUAUUCGUUGGAUAUAAGGCCAAAAUUUAGCUUGGCCCAUUUAGUAAAGCAUUAGGUUUAAGAAAAAAAAUUAAAAUCAAAUUUGUGUAUCAGUCAUAAGUAUGUUAAUUCUAUAUUUUACUACAUAAACACAUCUUAGUUAUCUUGUGUACAUAGCAUUAAUGUAGAAUGUUGUAGUCUUGUGGUUUAAAGGAAGAUUAUGUCCAUAGGUGCUACAAUUACCAGUCUAUAUCUGUCAUUUAUGUAUUGCUUAGUGUAUAGUGUAGUCAGGAUUUGCUGUCUAAUUCCUGAAGAAAUAAAUUCUUUCAUUAUGAUAAAA